UUUUGCUGUUUCCAGUAAAAAUCCCCUGGAAUACACAUCUCCCAGAUGAAUAUUCAGGCUGGUUUCAACGGAAUCUUGUGGACAGAGAUCCUUUGGGAUAUGCGUCUCCUAGACAACUCUUCAUGCCAGUUGCAUCAUCCUUGAGCAUCAAUGAAAGACCAAGUAUGGCUUUCUUCAAGCAACAGAAGGUGGAGGAUGUUUAUGAAAUUGGCGAAGAGCUGGGAAGUGGCCAGUUUGCUAUAGUGAAGAAGUGUCGAGAGAAAAGCACAGGGAUGGAAUAUGCUGCCAAGUUCAUCAAGAAGCGCCAGAGCCGGGCCAGCCGGCGCGGGGUGAGCCGGGAGGAGAUUGAGCGUGAGGUCACCAUUCUGCAGCAGAUCCUGCAUGCCAACAUCGUUGAGCUGCACGACAUCUACGAGAACAAGACAGACGUGGUCCUCAUCCUGGAGCUGGUUUCUGGAGGAGAACUUUUUGACUUCCUGGCACAGAAGGAAUCUUUGAGUGAAGAGGAAGCAACCAGGUUCAUUAAGCAGAUUUUGGAUGGUGUGAAUUACCUUCACUCUAAGAAAAUUGCUCACUUUGAUCUAAAGCCUGAAAACAUUAUGCUUCUAGACAAGAAUAUCCCUAUUCCGCACAUCAAACUCAUUGACUUUGGCCUGGCUCACAAAAUAGAAGAUGGAGUUGAUUUUAAAAACAUAUUUGGAACUCCGGAAUUUGUAGCUCCAGAAAUUGUAAACUAUGAACCACUUGGACUAGCUGCAGACAUGUGGAGCAUAGGAGUCAUCACCUACAUACUGCUCAGUGGUGCAUCACCUUUCCUCGGAGAAACUAAACAAGAAACACUUGCCAACAUCACAGCUGUGAAUUAUGAUUUUGAUGAAGAAUUUUUCAGCAAUACUAGUGACCUGGCGAAAGACUUUAUUCGGAAACUACUGGUGAAAGAUACACGGAAGCGGCUUACGAUUCAGGAAGCUCUGUCUCAUCCAUGGAUAACGCCCAUGGACAAGCAACAGGCUUUGGUUCGGAAAUCAUCUGUUGUUAACAUGGAAAAUUUCAAAAGGCAAUACGCUAGAAGGCGAUGGAAGCUUUCAUACCGCAUUGUUUCACUGUGCAACCACUUAUCACGCUCACUGGUGAAGAAGGUCCGGACACAAGAUGAGAGUUCGAGAAACUGUGAAAGUGACAGUGAGGAUCUUUCACAAAGAAAAGCCCCUCUUCAGAGGAGAAGCAGCAUAUCGUAAUGGGAUGAGAAUUCCAUGGGCAGGAGACAUGAACCUUCCAUCCUUGCUGAAGCAAGCAGCCCUGGCAGCAGACUUUGACUUGUUGGAGUCCUUGAUACGAUGCUUCUUGCUUCUCAAACUACACCAAUAACUGGAUGAUGGUCUUAAAUACCUACUGAGCAUUUUAGAAAAUUGGGAACCAAGAUUCCCAGGGAAAUGCUACAGCACAAGCACCAGUUGGAGUGCUUUUAUAUGUUGAGUGUUUCAGUGAUACUUCAGUCUAUUUCUGAUGUUGACUGCACUCAGGGUGUAGGGUUUCUACUGAUAAUCUUUUACUAUAGAAAAAUUCACUUUCCGCACAGUGGUUAAGACUGUGCAUUAUUAUUUCAGUCAGGGAAAUUGCUAGUGAGUCUUUAGGAUUUUUUUUUUUUUAAAUGCAAUUUUUAUAUUUGUUAAUAGGAUAAAUAUUUGAUGGCAGGUAUCUGACAGGUUUUGUUAGCUGUGUGUAGUACUCUGUUAUUGCUGUCACUGAGAAGAAAAUCACAAUGCCAUUACAUAGCAUAACCUUGAUUUUGUGAACCUGGCAGUAAGUAAUUCUGAACUGCAACAAGAACUGUGCUCUGGCCAUUGUCUCUGGGUGAGGAUUAGCACAACUCCCAUUGUCAGUGUGAGUGCAACUGCCUGUGGCAAUGAAGCAAGGCAAUUUUUGGAUGACAAAGAGAAAAAAAAUCUGUAGUGAUUUUCAUGAACCCAAAUACAACAUUUUCAUGGAAUGAUGACAGGAUGCCUCACCAAAAAAGGGGCAUUUAGAAACCUAAGGAUGUGAAGAAAUAGUCUUUAUUAGACUUUGUUAUUGUUGUCAAUAUUAUUUAUUGCCAGCAAAUUGGAGACUUGUUAACACCUAUUUGUAUAGGUGCUGUUUACAUGUAACGCAGACUGCAGACAUCUGUUUUUUAUUCAGGGAGUUGUCUCCAAAAUUGAGGAAAUAAGCACUUUGAUAUUGAUGUAACAUCUUUGCAGAGGGAAGUUACAUCAUUUUAACUAUAUUAGUUUCUAAGCCAGUAUUGUUCAAUUGGUACCAAAAAUGUGCAUAGACUAGGGUAUUUUUUCAUUGAAUGUAUUUGCUGUUAGAAGUUCCUGUUUAUUUUGCCAUUUAAUGAAUUAAAAAUCAGAAAGCAAGUUUAUUAGAAACAACUAUAGACAGAUGAGGAAACUGAUUUUGUUUGGCUUUACACUUGUUACCUCUAGGCUGAGGUUUUAGAGUAGGUGUUGAAAACUAGUAUCAGCUUAAUGUUAAUGGCUUCCAGUUUCUAAGAAAGAAAUAGAAAUACUCUACUUUUAUUUGUAAUGUUGUAUCCUUGCUUAGUUAGAAACUAAAAUGCAGUUGAUAAAUUACUUGUGUGAAAGGAAAGAAAUGGAUGAGAAGCUUGGAGGAGAGAGGCAGAACAUAGGAUUGAUGGAAGAAACAUAAAAUGAAGGAGGGGGUGGGAGGAAAAAAGCACUUGAGAGGAGUGAGUAUGAGAGGGACGUGGAGGUGAUCCUGGAGUGGGAAAGUUGGAAGAAAGGAAUGUGAAUGUAUGAAUUGUGGAAGCUGCAGAGUUAAUGUUUCUGCAAAUAUGGCACUGCAUUUUUAUACUACUUAUUUAAUUUCUUUUUAUUUCGUAUGUUGUGCUGCCGUAGCCUGUGAUGUGUGCUGGUCAAGGGACAAGGUGCAGGGCAUGGGCUUCUCUUCAUAUUCAAUUAAAAGGUGUAUUUCUGAACUUCCUGUGUAAUUUCUGAGACAGAAUCCUCAAAAAGUGUUGCAGUAAUGUAUGUAUUAAGAGGGAGCAGUGACAGGGAAACCCGAGGUUUCAGUGUAUCCUAAUUUCAGCUGGAAUAGAGUUAAUUUUCUCCUUAGUAGCUGGUACAGUCCUGUGUUUUAGAUUCAGUAUGAGAAUAAUGCUGUUCAUAAUAUGCUGAUGUUUUACUUGUUGUUAAGUAGUGGUUACCAUAAGUCAGGACUUUUCAGUUUCCCAUGUUCUGUUGGUGAGGAGGUGCACAAAAAGCUGGGAGAGACCAUAGCCAGGGACAGCUGACCCCAAAUGGUCACAGGGAUAUUCCAGCUCGUGGAAUGUCAUGCUCAGUAUGUAAACUGGAGUGAGUUGUUUGGGAGCCACAGGUCACUGUUCAUGGAUGGACUGGGCAUUAGUCUGUAGGUGGUGAGCAACUGUAUUGUGCAUCACUUCUCUUUCCUGGGUUUUAUUCCUCUGUUUUGCUUUCCAUUAUUAUUAAUUAAUAAAUAACUAUUAUGAUGAUGAUAA